ACUGAGUACAGCCGUUGAUCGGUUUAAAAAACAAAAUAAAAAUGAGCGCAAAUUCAAAUGAGGAACGCGCCAAGCCUGUGGAGACUUUGGUCCUGGCCAACUAUGCUCUGAAGGCGGAACAAAAGAGAGCCGCUGGCCAAGGUGGACGCAAAGAGGAUGAGCGCAUUACCAGCGCCGUGAUGAAGGUCCUCGAGGGCUACGACUGGAAUCUGGUACAGGCAUCCGCCAAAGCGCCCUCCGAUCGCAAAAAGGAGCACAUCAAGCGUCCAAUGAACGCCUUCAUGGUCUGGGCCCAGGCAGCUCGACGUGUCAUGUCCAAGCAAUAUCCCCACUUGCAAAACUCCGAGCUGAGCAAAUCCCUCGGCAAACUGUGGAAAAAUCUGAAGGAUAGCGAUAAGAAGCCGUUCAUGGAAUUUGCAGAGAAGCUGCGCAUGACGCACAAACAGGAGCAUCCCGAUUAUAAAUAUCAGCCUCGUCGCAAAAAGGCGCGCAUCAUGCAACAGACCGAGGCAGCAACAAUUGCGGCAGCCACAACAACAACAACUGCAACAUCAACAACAGCAGCAGCAGCAGCAGCAGCAGCAGCUGCCACUUCAGCUGUGCGACGCGCCAACGGCAACAUGGCUCACAAUUUGUGCACCACCAGCAGCAGCAGCAACAGCACCACCACCACCAACAGCAGCUCCAGUCCCGAUGUUUUCAGCAAUGAGGCGUUUAUGAAAUCGCUGAACAGCGCCUGUGCUGCCAGUUUGCUGGAACAGGGCCUCGCUUUGGACCACGAACUGGAAACGGAGCGCGGCCUGCUCGACUCACCCUGUUCCACGAACAGUUCACUUUCAUCGCUAACGCCCCCGACCACGCCCUACAAUGGCAAACAGCAACAACAGCAGCAACAGCAGCAGCAGCAGCAUCUUAAUUCUAGUCUAUUGCUGCGACAGCUCAGUGAACCAAAUGUUGCAACAGCUGCAGCAGCAACAGUUGCUGUUGCCAACAACAACAAUGAUUAUGGCGUCCUGCUCGACGCUGGCCGGGAAUAUAUAGCGCUGGGUGAGCUCAACUAUGCGGGACAGACCGGUGUGCAGGAGUUGGAUUUUCUGGAGAACAUUGGUGGCUACAAUCAGUAUAGCACGCGUGGCAACUAUGCUGGCUAUGCUGGCUACAAUGGUGUUGCGGCUGCUGCCACAGUUGCUGCGGCGGCUGCGGCUGCGGCGGCAGCGUCACACACCAAUGGAGCGGUAAAUUACUUGGGCACGCCUGGGAAAACGGCGUCGGCAUCAUCUGCGGCGGUCGACAUUGAUCCCAAGGAAAUCGACCAGUAUUUCAUGGAUCAAAUGUUGCCCCAAACGCACCAGCAUAUGCCGCCCCAAGCCGUUGUUGCUACUUUAACCAACACACACUCGCCCCCCCUAAACUCAUCCGCCUCGCUAUCCUCGGCCUGUUCCAGCGCCAGUUCCCAGCAGCCCGUUGAGUGUUUGGCCUCGCCCACUACUGGUUACUAUGAGCACUUGAGCUACCAGACACCGAACGGAAAUGCCAGCUAUGCACACUACGUUGCAACAGACUCCCCCCAGCAACAUCAACAUCAGCAACAACAACACGGUUCAUUGGUGGAACUGAGACUUAUUGAGAAUGAUGCUUAA